AUGAUUUCCUCCGGUCUCCAGCGACGUCUGCUCUCUGUGCGCUGCGCGCAUUCACCCGCACGCAGCGCCGCCGCCGCCGCUCACACGACACAGCGUCGUCUCGCCUCCUCCUCCUCCUCCUCCUCCUCGCCUCCCCCCAGACAACCACCGCCGCAGCAGCCCCCAUCCCCUGCGGCGCGACGACAAGCAGCAGCGCCGCCGCCGCGAAACGCAGGCAGCGGCACCGCCACCACCACCACCGCUGCGGCCACGCUCUCACGCAUGCAAGCCGAAAGGGAUGCGUCGCGUUGGCCGGCGGAGACGGCAGACGAGUACAAAGCGCGAUACAAGAGCGCGGCGCGGCGGUUUACGUUGACGGUGAUUGCGCUGCCAAUCUUGCUGGUGACGAGCUACUAUCUAUUUGACCGAUUGGCGCUGGGACACGAGCGCAAGGUAUUGAAUCGCAAAGAGACGAAACGAGACGGCUGA